AUGAAGGCCUCGUUCAUCGCAUCUCUUGUCGGCGCCACCGUCGUGGCCGCUGAGUGCCCCCCCGUCGGUUCAACUGACGACCAGGGCCGUUAUAGCUGCAACCCGGCUCAUCAGUAUCCCAACGGCCAGGUUUGCGCCGUCAUUGACGGCUGCUUCUACUUGAGCAAGCCCGUGGACAACAGCCCUGCCGAGCCUAGUGAGACUGCUGCCGCCUGCCCUGCUUCUGGCUCGACCGACGACCAGGGCCGAUAUAGCUGCAACCCUGCCCACCAGUAUCCCAACGGCCAGACCUGUGUUGCCAUUGACGGCUGCUACUUCCUCUGCGGUGCUGAUGGCAAGCCUGUGAACAACAGCCCUACCACUACUGCUAAGCCCGCCGAAACCAGCGCUGCUUGCCCUGCUCCUGGCUCAACCGACAGCCAGGGCCGAUAUAGCUGCAACCCUGCCCACCAGUAUCCCAACGGCCAGACUUGCACCGUUAUUGACGGCUGCUACUUCCUCUGUGGUACUGACGGCAAGCCUCCCGCCGAAACCAGCGCUGCUUGCCCUGCUCCUGGCUCAACCGACGACCAGGGCCGAUAUAGCUGCAACCCUGCCCACCAGUAUCCCAACGGCCAGACCUGUGUUGCCAUUGACGGCUGCUACUUCCUCUGCGGUGCUGAUGGCAAGCCUGUGAACAACAGCCCUACCACUACUGCUAAGCCCGCCGAAACCAGCGCUGCUUGCCCUGCUCCUGGCUCAACCGACAGCCAGGGCCGAUAUAGCUGCAACCCUGCCCACCAGUAUCCCAACGGCCAGACCUGCGUUGCCAUCAACGGCUGCUACUUCCUCUGCGGUGCUGAUGGCAAGCCUGUCGAUAACAAGCCCUCUGGGUCUGCCCAGCCUCCUCAGCCUACCGCUGCUUGCCCUGCUCCCGGCUCGACUGACAGCCAGGGCCGAUAUAGCUGCAACCCUGCCCACCAGUAUCCCAACGGCCAGACUUGCACCGUUAUUGACGGCUGCUACUUCCUCUGUGGUACUGACGGCAAGCCUGUCGAUAACAAGCCCUCUGGUUCUGCCCAGCCUCCUCAGCCUACUGCUGCCUGCCCUGCUUCUGGCUCGACCGACAGCCAGGGUCGGUACAGCUGCAACCCUGCUCACCAGUAUCCCAACGGUCAGACUUGCACCGUCAUUGACGGCUGCUACUACUUGACCUCUGGUGGCAAGCCCGUCAACAACAACAACGGCACCACUACUACCCAGCCUCCCGUUGUCGCCGGUGCCUCUUCUCUGCAGGCCGCUGGUGCUCUGGUCCUGGCUGCCUUUGUUCUCCUCCUGUAA